AUGGCCGACAACAACAACACUUCGCAGCCUUCGGUUGACGAGACGCCCAUUUCCCAUCCGCCCGGCGAGCGCAAGAACUCGCUCGAGAACCACCUUCAACACCGCCCCAACCGCGCCGAGCUGGUCGAGAAGAACAUCCUGCCCGCGUCCAACGCAGCGCCCAGCUUGAUCGCCCACCAGAAGGAGCUUGAGAAGCACAUGCGUGCUGACUCGCUCAACGACAAGAUCUCCCACCGACCCGCGCCCGAGGAGCUCAUCAAGGAGGGCGUGCUCAAGGAGGACCCGCGCAGCCCCGAGGACAAGUACGCCGAGGCCAUCGAGGACGAGUACGCCAAGCGCGAGGGUGGCGCUUAG